AUGGGCAACUACUCGCCUUAUCCUGGUGUGACGAUCGCCAAGGAGCCUUUGUUCGAAUAUGUGCCAGCCUGUGAAGAACCUCCCAGUAGUCAUUACAUGCAUUCACGACCAACAGAAACGCUUUUGUUCCACUUCCCUGAUGAAACGGAUGAUGACUUUCGAAGUGGUGUGAUGAUCUUGUUGGAGCAUGUCGAUCAAGGUUCAUUUGACAUGCUGCGUCAAUACGUUCCACCGCAAGACCAAGACUCCCCUUUCGAAGGUGGAUUGCUAAUUGAAGCCCACUGCAUUGAUGUAUAUGCAAGACGUCGCAUUUUAUCCGAGUUGAGUCACUACCACCCACGUAAUGUCAUCACCUACAACCGUGCACACUUUGCAGAAUCAUCAUCUCGUCCAAAUCGUACGACCAUGCGUAACAGGAGCGGUGUUUACUGCAGCAAUGAUAAUACGUUGUCGUCCUGCAACAAUGACAAUGAUGACGAGGAAGAGCAAGAGCAAGCAGCGGGUCCAUCAUCAUCAUCAUCAUCAUUUCCAACAAGAAUUAAUGUGAUGGUUCCUGCUACUACCAAUGCGGACAUGGAAGGACACAUCAUGGUGAUGCCACGGACUGAUUCCUAUAAUCGGUAUUAUGUGCUUCCACUUUACGACCUACCAAUGAUGGCACCUAGUAUGGCAAGAGCUGAAAUUGAAAGGCAAGCAAAGAUCUCCAACAACGUGUUAUGCGACGUGGUGUUUGGCCUCAUGUCGAUUGGAUACCUUUAUAAUGGUACAGCUACUCUCAUCUUCCAUCAACCUUAUCCGCCAUGGUCGUUCAAGCUCUUUGGCAAACGCUACAGCCCUCGUGCAUUUGACGACCACGUUUAUGACCACUAUUGUCGCGUAUGCAAGCAACUCGAUGGUCACGAAACCCAUGAUUGUCCUCCAAAGUACAUUGAGUACCCUGAAAGCGACGAUGAAGAGGAUGGAGACCAGUAUAUGACUGAGACAAGUAGCAUAGUGUAA